AUGGGUAUCAAGCCUGAGGGUGUCCCAGGCAAGGCCUGGCCGGCCAUUGCCAUUGGCUUCUUCGUCGCCUUUGGCGGUCUCCUCUUCGGAUAUGACACCGGUACCAUUAAUGGCAUCCUCGAGAUGUCCUACUGGCAACGCCUCUUCAGCACCGGCUACGUGAACACCGCCGGUAACAAGGACGUCUCGCCCGACCAGGAAUCCGCCAUCGUCUCCAUCCUCUCUGCCGGCACUUUCUUCGGUGCCCUGGCCUCCCCCUUCCUCGCUGAUACCAUCGGACGUCGCAUGGCCCUCGUCGCCUCGUGCUGGGUUUUCAACCUCGGUGUUGUUCUCCAGACCGUUGCUACUGCCAUUCCCCUUUUCCUGGCCGGUCGUUUCUUCGCCGGUUUCGGAGUCGGUCUGAUUUCCGCCCUGGUCCCCCUCUACCAAUCCGAGACCGCCCCCAAGUGGAUUCGUGGUGCCAUCGUCGGCGCCUACCAAUGGGCCAUCACCAUCGGUCUGCUCCUGGCUGCCAUCAUUAACAACGCAACGCACGCCCGCCAGGACACUGGAUCCUACCGCAUCCCCAUCGCCGUCCAGUUCGCCUGGUCUCUCAUCCUCUUCUUCGGCAUGCUUCUCUUGCCCGAGACGCCUCGCUUCCUCAUCAAGCAGGGCCACAUUGACCGCGCCACCAAGGCCUUGGCCAAGAUCCGCCGCCUUCCCGAGAACGAUGCCUACGUCGCCGAGGAGAUUGCCGAGAUCAAGGCCAACAACGACUACGAGGCCACCAUCGGCACCGGUAGCUACCUCGACUGCUUCAAGCCCCCCGUCCUCAAGCGCCAGUUCACCGGCUGCGCUCUCCAGGCGCUCCAGCAGCUGACCGGUAUCAACUUCAUCUUCUACUACGGAACGCAGUACUUCCAAAACUCUGGCUUCUCCAACGGUUUUGUCAUCGGUAUGAUCACCUCGUCCAUCAACGUCGCUUCGACUCUCCCCGGUAUGUGGGCCGUCGACCGCUGGGGACGUCGCCCCUUGCUUCUCUGGGGUGCCGUCGGCAUGUGCGUCUCGCAAUUCCUCGUCGCCAUGCUGGGAACCUUGACCACGGGCCAGGACGACGCCGGCAACAUUAUCGUGUACAACCUGCCCGCGCAAAAGGCCGCCAUCGCCUUUGUCUGCGUCUACAUCUUCUUCUUCGCCUCCACCUGGGGCCCGCUCGCGUGGGUUGUCAACGGUGAGAUCUUCGGCCUCAAGACCCGUGCCAAGUCUCUGUCUCUGUCGACCGCCACCAACUGGCUUCUCAACUGGGCCAUUGCCUACAGCACCCCCUACCUCGUCAACUACGGCGACGGCUACGCCAACCUGCAGUCCAAGAUCUUCUUCGUCUGGUUCGCGUGCUGCUUCGUCUGCAUCGCCUUCGUCUACUUCUUCAUCUACGAGACCAAGGGUCUUACCCUCGAGGAGGUCGAGGAGCUCUACGCCGAGGUCAGUGUCGCCAGCAAGUCGGUCGGCUGGAGACCCGCCACCAACUUCCGCGAGCGCCAGGCCGCCGAGGGCGACAAGGCGGUGCCCAACAGCGACGGUGACAUUACGCACCACGAGAAGACUGUUGGUGUUUAA